AUGGCGACGCUCCCGAUCUCCAAUCAGCAAUCCGAAUCCCAGCCUCCCAUCGCUACCCCGGCCUUUGGCGCCUUCGUAUCCCGUCUCAAAGCCACCAUUUGCGACGGCUUCUCCCAGCGUCGCCCUUGGUCAGAGCUCAUCGACCGCUCCGCUUUCUCCCGCCCCGAAAACCUCUCCGAGGCCGCCUCCCGUAUCCGCAAGAACUUCUCCUACUUCCGCAUCAACUACCUCUCCCUCCUCGCCCUCUCCCUCGCCCUCUCUCUCCUCGCCCACCCUUUCUCUCUCCUCGUCCUGCUCUCCCUCCUCGCCGCGUGGAUCUUCCUCUACCUGUUCCGCCCCUCGGAUCAGCCUGUCGUCCUCGCCGGCCGCACCUUCUCGGACCGCGAGAUCUUGGGGAUCCUGGUGGUGUCCACCGUCGUUGUGGUUUUCCUCACCACCGUGGGAUCGCUGCUCAUCUCCGCCUUGCUCGUCGGUCUUGCUGUGAUCUGUGCGCACGGGGCUUUCAGGAUGCCCGAGGAUCUGUUCUUGGACGAUCAGGAGCAGGCUACUUCUGGAUUUCUUUCCUUCCUAGGCGGCGCUGCCGCGCCUGUUGUUGCCACGCGCGUUUGA